AUGAUAGCCAGUGAAAAAGGCCAUAGUAAUGUCAUCCAACUAUUAAUAGAGAGAAACGUUCCAAUAAACAUUCUGAAUAAGGAAGGAUUUACAGCAUUUUAUCUUGCCUGCAUGAAUGGUCACUUGUUAGUCAUCUCUACCUUACUUAGUAAUGGGGCAGAUCCUAACCUAGCUAACAAUAAUGGCUUUACACCUCUUAUGAUAGCCAGCAAAAAAGGGCAUGGUGAUGUCGUCCAACUAUUACUACAGAGAAACGUUCCAAUAAACAUCCAGGAUGAUGAAGGGUUCACAGCAUUUAUUUGUGCUAAACAACAAUGGAGCAACAGCAAUGGUUUUGCCUCCCAAAAUGGUCACUUGUCUCUGUUUUUACCAUUACUCAACUAUGGUGCUGACCCAAAUCUUUCUAUGAAAAAUGGAGCAACACCUUUAAUGGCAGCCAGUGUAAAAGGUCAUAAUGAUGUCGUCCAACUAUUACUAGAAAGAAACGUUCCAAUAAAAUCCAGAGCCAAAAUGGAGAAACAGCACUUUUUUGGUGCCAGCCAGAAUGGUCACUUAACAGUUAUCUCUACCUUACUUAGCAAUGGGGCAGAUCCUAACCAAGCAAAGAAUGAUGGCACAACACCUCUUAUGAUUGCAAGUCUAAAUGGCCAUAGUGAUGUCGUCCAACUGUUACUAGAGAGAAAUGUUCCAGUAAGCACCCAGAACAAAGAAGGAUUCACAGCAUUUUAUCUUGCCUGCAUGCAUGAUCACUUGUUAGUCAUCUCUACCUUACUUAGUAAUGGAGCAGAUCCUAACCUAGCUAACAAUAAUGGCUUUACACCUCUUAUGAUAGCGAGUGAAAAAGGCCAUGGUGAUGUCGUCCAACUCUUACUUAGUAAUGGGGCAGAUCUUAACCUAGCUAUAAAUAAAGGCUAUACACCUCUUAUGAUAGCGAGUGAAAAAGGCCAUGGUGAUGUCGUCCAACUAUUACUAGAGAGAGAUGUUCCAAUAGACACCCAAAACAAGAAAGGAUUCACAGCAUUUUAUCUUGCCUGCAUGAAUGGUCACUUACACCCCCAAAACAAGAAAGGAGUUACAGCAUUUUAUCUUGCCUGCAUGAAUGGUCACUUGUUAGUCAUCUCUACCUUACUUAGUAAUGGGGCAGAUCCUAACCUAGCUAUGAAUAAUGGCUUUACACCUCUUAUGAUAGCCAGUGAAAAAGGCCAUAGUGAUGUCAAUCAAAAUGGAGCAACAGCACUUUUUUGUGCCAGCCAGAAUGGUCACUUAUCACUAAUCUCUACUUUACUUAGUAAUGGGGCAGAUCCUAACCUAGCUAUGAAUGUUGGCUUUACACCUCUUAUGAUAGCGAGUGUGAAAAAGGCCAUGCGAGUGAAAAAGGGCCAUGGUGAUGUCGUCCAACUAUUACUAGAGAGAGAUGUUCCAAUAGACACCCAAAACAAGAAAGGAUUCACAGCAUUUUAUCUUGCCUGCAUGAAUGGUCACUUGUUAGUCAUCUUUACCUUACUUAGUAAUGGGGCAGAUCCUAACCUAGCUAACAAUAAUGGCUUUACACCUCUUAUGAUAGCGAGUGAAAAAGGCCAUGGUGAUGUCGUCCAAUUAUUACUAGAGAGAGAUGUUCCAAUAAACACCCAGAAUAAGAAAGGAUUCACAGCAUUUAUUUGUGCUAGCAAAAAUGGCCACUUAUCAGUCAUUUCUAUCUUACUUAGUAAUGGGGCAGAUCCUAACCAAGCAAAGAAUGAUGGCACAACACCUCUUAUGAUAGCGAGUGAAAAAGGCCAUAGUGAUGUCGUCCAACUAUUACUAGAGAGAAAUGUACCAAUAAACACCAGAACAAGAAAAGAGUUACAGCAUUUUAUCUUGCCUGCAUGA